AUGCGAACAGAAAUAAUCGAUACGACUUAUUAUCUUCUACAAUUCUUAUUACUAUGGGAAUGUAUAAGUUUAUCUCAAGCUUAUUGGAUACGAGAUCUUUCAUAUUGUCCACGUAAACGUGAUGUAACUCGACAACGACGAUGUUUUAAAUCAUGUUUUGAUGAUAGCGAUUGUCGAAGUCGAUAUCGUUCAUGUUUAUGUGAUUAUGAUUGUGGCAUGUCAUGUAUAAAACGAGGUGUUAGUUGUCCUUUUCUAACACUUCCGGAAAAUGGAAAGAUCAUAUAUUCAAAUGAAAAUAAAUUUGGUUCACGUGCAACCUAUGAAUGUGAUCCAGGUUUUGUACUUGAAGGUUCAAAACAUCGAAAUUGUCAAGGUGAUAUGUGGUGGGGACCAACGGAUUCUGUUCCGUAUUGUACGAAAGAAGUUUUUUGUAAUCGACCACCUGAUAUAAAUAAUGCAGUUAAUGAUAUUCCAAGUACAAUAACUACAUUUCAUGCUAGUUAUUCAGUUACAUAUACAUGUUUAACUGGUUAUAUUGGAAAUGGUACAACGAAAUCAGAAUGUACUUUUCUAGGUCAAUGGACAUUUGCAACAUUAAAAUGCACUCCUAUUGAUUGUGGUUCACCGGGUAUAUUACGUAAUGGAUUUUUAAGUGGUGAACGAUUUGAUUAUCCAAAUAUAAUAGCAUUUUUUUGUAAUGAUGGUUUUGAACUUAUUGGAGAAUCUACAACUAGAGCUUGUCAAGAAAAUGGCUUAUGGUCUGGAGCAAUGCCACUUUGUCGAAAAAAAACAUGUGGGUCACCUCCGACAGUUUCCUAUGGUGAAAUAAUUCAACCUGAUCGAACAACGAAUGAAACUAUUCAAUAUAUUUGUCAAGAUGGUUAUCAAUUACAAGGAUCAGCAGUUUUAAAAUGUAUUUCAUAUCAAUGGCAACCAACACCACCCAUAUGUAAACGAAUAAUAUGUGAAGAUCCUCAAAAACUUUUUAAUGGUUAUAUUAAAUCUUCAUCAAAUAAUACUUCAUUACAAUAUUCAAUUGGUUCAAAAGUAAAAUUUCAUUGUCCAUCAAAUUUAACAUUAAGUGGUUCACAUAUUUCGAAAUGUCAUAUGAAUGGUAGUUGGUCACCGAAAAUUCCUAAAUGCAAAGAACCAAUUUCUUGUUCAAUUCCAUCAUUACCUUCAAAUGCUCGUUAUUUAAAUCUUCAUUCAUCAAAUCAACAAAUCAAUGAUGGUCAUCAUUUAGAAUAUAUAUGUGGAAAUUCUCGACGUCGUCAUCGAAUACAUUGUCGUAGAGGAAAAAUUUUACCAAAAAUAUUAAAAUGUUUCAAUGGUUGUCGAGUUAAAAAUGAACAUGUCAUAUAUUCAAAACCAUUCUAUCGACAUAGAGAACAAGUUCAUUUUACUUGUAGUAAUAAUAGUUUACCUUCAUUAAAUAAUGGAACAAUACAUUGUAUUAAUGGAACUCUUUCUAAACAACCAGUUUGUCAUCAAAUACCAAUAAUGUGUACUGUUCCUCAUACACUUUUCUUACGUAAUAUCGUUAAUACAACAAUUCCAUCUGGAACAUUAUUUGAAAUUGGUACAUCAUUUUCUUAUACAUGUAUUCAAGAUCAUCAACCAAUAAAUAGUUCAGCAAUUGUUGAAUGUCUUGAAAAUGGAAAAUUAUCUCAUCAUCCACAAUGUAUACCAUUGUCAUGUAAAGAACAUCCACCAACAAUACCUAAUGGUCGAACAAUAUUUCGUUCAACAGCACAUGAUUCUCAAGCAAGAUAUAGAUGUUUUCCAGGUUAUAAACUUGAAUAUAAUAAUUUAGCAAAAUUAACAUGUCAAUAUGGUUCAUGGUUACCUAAAGAACUACCUCGAUGUUUACCAGUCUUUUGUGCUAAUCCUGGUCCAUUAUUACAUGGACAAAUCUAUGUCGUACUUAAAGAUGAACGUAUAUCACCAGUACCAAUUCGACGUGAAUUUCGUGCAUAUAUACCAAAUGUACAUCACGGACGAACAAUUGAAUUUGAAUGUGAUUUAGGAUAUGUUCUUCAUGGUCCAACUGGAUUAACAUGUAAUCAUGGUCAAUGGAUGCCAGCUGAAAGACCACGAUGUAUUCUUGAAAAUCAUGUACAACCAAAUAUUAUCUUUACAGGAUAA